GAGGCGCCUCAUUUAGGGAAGAAAAGCGCCAAGUUCCACAACAGACGAGCUUGACAAAUUGUUAACAUUUAAUACGAAAUUGCUUACUCUGUAUAGUUCCUGCUGAAAGCGAAAAUGUAACGCAUGCAUAAUUAGACUCAGAAGUGAAUGGUUAAAAUGCCCGGGCUGCAGAGUGAAUGUGCAGUGGUGGCUGCAGCAGGCAGUCCUGUGAAGAAAAGCAAACUGUCUCUUAAGUUCUUCCAGAAGAAGGACACCAAACGAGCCCUGGACUUCUCAGAGAUCCCUGCAGAGGAGAACGGUGCAGCCGAACCAGAAGAAACUACAAAUCAUGACCAGGUUGUGCCUAUACCAUGCCCUUCAUCUCCUCUUUCCUGCGAGAAGCAAGAGAGCCUGGUCCCUUUCGUUGGGCUUAAUAAUUUGGGGAACACCUGCUAUCUGAACAGCAUCCUUCAGGUCUUAUAUUACUGCCCUGGUUUUAAAGAGGCCAUCAAAUCUUUGUGUAACUUGGCUAAACUGAAAGACAAACAGCAAGAAGAGGGUGCUAAAAACGAGUGUUGUCAGGAGGACAGUAGUGAGGACACCCUACCUGCUCAUAUGGAGCUGUUGGGCAGUUUCCACACUCUGAUCAACUCUGUGGAGCAGCUUCAAUCCAGCUUCUUGCUUAACCCAGAAAAAUACAAUGAUGGAGAGCUUGCCACGCCACCACGCAGACUGCUUAACACACUCAGGCAGCUCAAUCCUAUGUAUGAGGGCUACCUGCAGCAUGAUGCACAGGAGGUACUGCAGUGCAUUCUUGCAAACAUACAGGAGGCCUGUGACACUAUCAAAAAAGAGCAAAAUGGCAUCCAAAAUGACACCACAAUGAGCAAUGGAACAGGUGAAUCCUCCCUUGAGGAGGAUGGAAGCUCUGACGGUCAACUGAGUGGAAAAAGAAAGAGCGAAACGGAAGCAGGCAACGCAAAGAAGAAGCCGAAAUCUCAGAGCAAAUCCAAGAAAAAUGAGGAAAACGUGCCUUUGACCCGCUCAAAGAGAAGGUCUUCCAGUGACAUAACCACAGAGAGUUCUGUUACUGACCAGAAUGAUGGAGCAGAAGAACGGGAGAAGGAGAGAGGAAGCACCACAGAGGAGGAGAAUGACAGUCCCCCUAAAGAGGUGGGUAAGAGGAUGAGGAGAGGGAAGCUGGGCUGGUUGAAGCCAUCAGGGAAGCAGCCUAGCAUCUUCUCCAAGUUCCGCAGCAUGGGACGAAUUAGUUCGCAUAUUGGAGGGAGAGGAGAUGCCAAGGAUAAAUCAGUCUGUAGUACCAAAGAGAAACAGGAAAAGAACAUGCCUGAAAAUGAAAGCACAGCUCAAGGUGUUAAAUGGAGUCAGGCAAAGAAUGAAGAGCGAUCAGGCCUGGAUGUGCUGAAGUGGAUGUUCCAAGGUCAGCUGGUGCUGCGGACACGCUGCCUGGAAUGUGAGUGUUACACAGAGAGGAGGGAGGACUUUCAAGACAUCAGUGUGCCUGUGCAAGAGGACGACACCAGCUGCUCUGACUCCAGCUCAGAAAUUUCUCCAGAUCCCAAGCCUGAGCUAAAAACUCUAAAGUGGGCCAUUUCUCAGUUUGCAUCUGUGGAGCGGAUAGUGGGUGAAGAUAAAUAUUUCUGCGAGACCUGUCAUCACUACACAGAAGCAGAGAGAAGUCUUCUUUUUGACAAAACACCAGAGGUUGUCACAAUCCACCUGAAAUGCUUUGCUGCCAAUGGUUCGGAGAUGGACCCAUAUGCUGGCCUUUCCAAGGUGAACACACCACUGCAAACCCCUCUUAGACUUUCCCUGCAUGAGUGGUGUACCCAGCCUGAUGUUCCAGACCAAAGCCAUCACUAUGAGCUCUUCGCUGUGGUCAUGCACAGUGGAGUAACCAUCAGCAGUGGGCAUUACACCACUUACAUCCGUAUGAUGGAUCUCCAUCACAUUGAUCUCAAGCCUCAGUCUCAGAAUGAAGAGCAAGACAGAGAGGAGGACAUGAAACAGAAGAAAGAGGAGGUACAUCAAACAGAUUAUGAUGAUGGGGAGGUGUCUUUCAGCUUGAGUGGCUGGGGGCAAAAUGUGCCCAAAAGGGCCAGCGUAAAAAGCAAAACAGGAGGUAAGAGGUGCUCUGAGGGCAUAGGGCUUUUAGGAGGACAAAGGAGCAUCACCAAUUAUGAGCUAGGCAACAGCAAGCAGACCAAUCCUGAGAAGGCUACCAGCAUUGCAAGCCACGUCUCUGGUUCUCUGCUUCAAAACAUUAGAGUGAAGAAAGAGACAGAAGAAGAGAGUGGUGAUGCUAUGGGUGAUGGGACCCAGGUAUGUGCUGACUUGGCUCUGCAGAACCUUUUGGACUUUGAGGGAAAGUGGAUGCUCUUUGAUGACUCGGAAGUGAGACUCUUUGAAGAAGAGGACUUCCUGCGAUCCUGUUCCCCAGAGACGUGCUCCACCUCUACACCCUACCUGCUUUUCUACAAGAGAGUCCCUCAGUAAAAACAGGCCUUU